AUGGCAACGAAUCACCUGCUCGCGACGCCAGCAUUCGCGCUGCCCCUGGGCUCGUCUAGUGAUGACGAAGGCAGUAGCAACAACCGCGCCGGUCUUUUUAGCUUUGGGCAGAACACGUAUGGGGAGCUGGCGCUUGGAGACACAAACGACCGCAGCACUCCGACGCGGGUGGAUCUUGGCAGAAUAAACGAUACGAAACACGUCGUUGAUGUGGCCUGUGGGAACGAGCAGACCACCAUCCUUUUCGAAAACGGCGACGUGUUCACUUGUGGGUAUAAUGACAGUGGCCAAUGUGCAAUUGGCACAACUGAACGAGUGCCCUCACUUCGAUUCUCGCCGGGACUUAGCUCCCACCACACGGUACGACUUUUUUCAGGAAAUGGAAGCGAACACCUUGCAGCCCUAUGCGCAAAUGGGUUUUUGUAUACUGUCGGGUUUAAUAUGCGGGGUCAAUUGGGGCUCGGCACGGCGACAACUGUGACGGAGGCUACGCUCGUGGAAGAAUUGGCCGGCAAACGCGUCGUCGACGUUGCUUGCAGCUACUUUCACACGGCAAUUGUUAUGGAUAAUGGAGAUUUGCAUGCUUGCGGCUGCAAUGACUACGGUCAGUUAGGCAUGGGCGACCACAGUGGUCACCUCGUGCCUCGACCGGUUGAUUAUUUCUUUCGUCACCCUGUCCUAGCUGUAGCAUGCGGUCAGCAUUACACAGUCGCAUCACUGAGGGAUGGAGGAGUCGUAGCAUUCGGGAAAAAUGACCAUGGUCAGCUUGGAUUGGACCGCGUAUCUGAGCCAGUGUUGCUCCCCACCCGUCUCGCCCCGCCACUAGAUAGAGCAGUUGUGCCUCAACUCUCGUGCGGGUAUCACCACACCGCAAUUGUCACGGAGGAUGGCGCUGUGUACACUUUCGGACGCAACGACUACGGACAACUUGGUCUUGGACACAAGCUACACAUGGCACGGCCAACGCCGGUAGAAAGUCUGUCACGGAUGAGAAUCACUCAGGUCGCUUGCGGUUGUUAUCACACACUUGCACUUUCGGACGAUGGGAAAGUGUUUCCGUUUGGUCGAAAUAAUCACGGCCAACUUGGACUCGAGACGUCCAUGGAUUGUCUAAGCCCUCAACUCAUUUCGACUUUACGGAAUAAACCCGUCGCUGCAGGGUUUUAUCAUUCGGUCUGUCUGGUUGGGACACCCAAAAGCGAAAACCCACCACCCUACACUCUAAGCGGGGAUUUACGCAAAAUGCUCAAUAACCCAACUCGAAGUGAUACUACUUUUGUGAUCGAAGGUCGUCCUCUCUUCGCACAUAGCUGUAUCCUAGUCGCUCGUUGCGAGCCUCUUGAGAAAAUGCUUGACGGGCGAAUGAAGGACGGAGCACAACCAGAAAUCGUCAUUCCGGAGUACUCGUACGAUGUUUUUGCAGCGUUAAUGGAGUUCCUGUACACUGACCAAGUUGCAGUGCUAGCGUCGCCAGAUCUGACGGCAGACUUUGCUUUGGAGCUGCACGCACUAGCGGAUCAGUACCUGGUUACUACUCUUCGAAGCGCAUGUGAAAACUCUCUGCUGCAAAUUCUUUCAGUAGAGAACGUUGUCAUCAUCGUCGAGUCCGCGCACUUCCGGAAUGCUUUCACGCUCAAGAAGCGCUGUCUGGGUUUCAUCAUGGACCACUUUGCGCGCGUUAUCGCUACUCAGGCUUUCGUGGGACUUCCUCAAGAGCUGCUUCAAGAGAUUUUGCUGUCGGCAUCUCAUCAAGGAGUGUCAAUUCCUAACCAAGCAAAUGCUGGUGCAACAACCAGUGAGUAUCUUCAAAGUCGAUAUAACUACAGCACCGAAUGA